AUGAUGUUGGGCGUGGCGGCGCAAGGGCAGCAGGGCGGGCGGCCGGUGCCGGAGCUUAAUGACGUGGAGAGCGUGGGGGAGGAGAGGGAGCGCUCGUUAGUGUCACACGGGAGAGUUGGCGCCACGUUCGGUCAGGGAGGCGGAGAAGGGCAUGGGAUCACGGGGGUGACUCAAACGGGGGGAGGUGCAGGAGGGGGAGGAGGGGAAGCGGGAGCAGGAGGAGGGGGAAGGGGAGGAGGAAGGGGAGGGAGCAAACACAAGGAGGGGCGAGCGCGGGCGGCUGGAGGCAUUGCUGCUGGUGGUGCUGCUGCUGGUGGUGUCCCAGAUGUGACUGUAGAUGGAAGGGACUAUUACGGGGGCUCUGGGGAUGUGGUGAGUGAAGGGAGGGGGGAGGAGGAGGAGGGCGAGAGGGGAAGGAAGGACAAGAAGAAUGACCGGAAGGAUAAGAGGAAGAAGAAGAAGGAGAAAGAGGAGAAGGAUAAGGAGAAGGAGAAGGAGAAGGAGAAAGGGAAGGGAAAGGGGAAAGGGAGGGCAAAGGGGAAGGGUAAGGACAAGCAGGGGCAAGAGGAAGGGGAAGACAGGGAAGACGGAAUUGAGAUGUUGGCAGAUGGAAAGGUAGUAGCAGGAAUAGCAUCAGCAGGAGGAGAUGGGGAUAACGGAAGCAUACUCGUGGGCACUGGGGGCAUUGCGGGCACCGGUGCUACUGGUGCCGGUGGUGGGGGUGACAGAGGUAGUGCGGAAGGUGUUAGCUUUGGAGGGACGGCUAUGGAUGCACUUGCAGGAGACACGGGGGGCGCUGGGGCUGGAAACGGGCAGGGCGCUGGGUGGAGAAACGAGGGCAUUGGGACGGGAGACGAGCAGGGCGCUGCAUCGGGAGACGAGUUCUUUUCAGACAAGGACGUGCCUGACGUGUGGUCUGACUUUGAGUCGAAACUCGCUCUCGACGGCCGGAAAGCAGCUUCCCGGAACGUGCUUCCUGGCGACUCCCCUUCCGCCUUGAGCUUUGGUCCGUCAGCCGUUGCUGCGCUACCCAACGGGCUUGGUGACCUGGACGAGCGGGUGAGGGAGGAGCGCGCGAGGGAGGAGCGAGCGCGGGAGGAGGAGCGAGUGCGUGAGCUGCUAGCCGCCCAGGAGAAAGCCUUAAAAGAGGCGCACGCAAGGGAGAUCGAGGGGGUGAAGGCGAGGGUGGAGAGGGAGGUGCAUGAGCGCGUGAUGGCGGAGGUUGAGGAGGUGGAGGCAAGGGUGCAGCAGGAGGUGCAGGAGCGGGAGGCGCUGGAGGAGCAGCAGCGCGUGCGCGCGGAGGAGCAUCAAAGGGAGGUGUGGGAGCUGCAGUGCAGCGCAGAGGAGAUGCGGCAGCAGCACGAACAGCUCAUGGCGGAACUGCAGGAGCUGCGGCAGCUGAGGUAUGGGGGCGAGGAGGUGGAGAGGCAGCGGAGGGAGGUGGAGAGGGAGCGGGCGGAGGUGGUUCGGCUGCGCAAGGGCAUGGCGGAGAGCGUGUUUCAGAAGCAGCAGUGGGCGCUGGACAUGCAGGAAAUGGAUAAGAUCAAGAAGGAGCUGAACGAGCUUAGGGCGCGAGAGAGGGAGCUGCAGAAGCAGCUGCGGAUAGGCUCGGGCUCUUCCUCAGAGAUCACAGCACUCAAGCAGGUGGUGGCGUCACUGAAAGCCCGGGAGGAGGAGGUGAACGCCAAGGAGGCUCUAGCUCUGGCGAAGCACAAGGAGGUGGAGGCGCUGCGCAAGGCACAAGAAAAGGUGGAGGUGGAGCUAGUGGAGGCGCGGAGGAUGAACAACGAGCUGCAGCUGCAGAGGAGGAAGAUGAGUGUGCAGCUCGCAGAGGCCCAGGCGCACAUGGAUAGGCUCAUUGCGCCAGAGAGCCAGCAGCUGAAGAAGGCACAGAUGGAAGCUAUGCUGCUGCGGCAGCGAGUGGCAGACCUCCUCAGACAGGUCGAGGGACUGCAAAACAGCCGCUUCAGCGAGGUGGAGGAGGUGGUGUACCUGCGGUGGGUGAACGCGUGUCUGCGCUUUGAGUUGCGCCACAACAAGGCCAUGGCGGGGGGGAAGGACUCUGCUCUCUCCCUCAACAACAACCGCAGCCCACGCUCCCAGGACCGCGCGAAACACCUCAUGCAGCAGUUUGCCGACGGCUACCCCACAGGGGAGCCCUCAGGUGCUGCCGGUCGGUACAACGAUGACGACUCCGACUCCCUCUCUCUCUACAACGAUUCUGCCUCCUUCGCCUCCUCGCCCGACCGCGGGAGCGCUGCUGCCACAGACGAGCCAUUUCACUCCUCCCCGGAUAGCUAUGGGCGUGGUGCUGCUGGUGGGGGGGGAGGGGGAGGGAAGGAUGCGCUUGGGCGGACGAUGUCUCUGCAGGCGAUGUCGCAGCAGGAUGCAGCGAGCAAGCUCAAGAAUUUUCUCUCCUGGCGUCGCAACAAGUCCGCCAGAGACCUCGAGGAAACUGCUGCUGCUGCUGGGGGUGUUGGGGGUGCUGGUGGGGGUGCUGGUGGUGUGGGUGGUGGUGGUGCUGGUGGUGGUGGUGCUGGUGGUGGUGGUGGUGGUGGUGGUGGUGGUGGUGGUGGUGGUGGUGAUGGGAGUUCUGGUGCUGGUGGUGCUGAUGCUGUUUCUGAAGCUGCUGCUAGGGCCACAGCCAAAUACGAAGGGGAGCGAAGGGCACGGCACAGAGGAGGAGGAAGGGAAGGAGGAGGAGGAAGGGAAGGAGGAGGAGGAGGCGGGGGAGGCGGGGGAGGAGGAGGGGGAGGCGGAGGAGUAGAGGGUGGAGAAUUUGGAGGGGAGGGAGGGCAGGAUGAGGAGAGAAAGGAGGCGAUUCUCCGAAAGCUCAAGAUGAAGCAGCCUCCUCUAGGCAUGAUGAAUCCCAUGGGCGAUUUCACCGUCGGUGACUCCUUCAAUCUCGUCCGUCGAUCCGUGUCCCGCCCCGACAAGGACAAUCUGCACCGUCGAUUCCCGGGGUUCAAGGAUCGGCAUCUCCUGGCCCAGGAACGGCAGAUAUUUAACCUCCAGCAGGCCGAAGCUGCGGCUGCCCUGAAAAAAUCGGGUAUUUCGGCAAACGCGUCCGUUGGGAAAACGCCGCGCGUUGCCGUCCCGGAGAAGCGCGAGCCGAGAGUGCCGUCCGCGCCGCCCAGGCCCCGCACCACCCGCCCGAGCCAUCUGGACGAGGAAAUGGAGGUGACGCACGCCGCCGCCCUGCUCAACAAAGCAGUGGGCGGCGCAGUGCCGCUUCCGCCGCCCCUGCCGCCGGCCGGCAGGGUUCCUUUGCCGCCCGCAAUGCCCAGAGGGAAACUGGGUGGAAGAGGGGGGAUGGACGAUGAGGGGAUGCGGAGGGCGCCUGAGGUGGUGGCGUUCUAUCAGCAGCUGAUGAGGAUGCAGAGGGAGGGGCUUGGAGGUGUUGGGGGGAGGGAGGCGGAGGAGGGGUUGAGCAUGACGGCUGUGAGAGGGGAUAUGAUUGGCGAGAUUGAAGGACGCUCGUCCCACCUGCUCGCAAUCAAGCAGGACGUGGAGAUGCAGGGCGAGUUCAUCAACACGUUAGCGAGGGAGGUGCGCGACGCCUCCUACUAUGACAUCGAGGACGUUGUGGCGUUCGUCAACUGGCUCGAUGAGGAGCUCGCCUUCCUGGUGGACGAGCGAGCAGUGCUGAAGCACUUUGACUGGCCCGAGGCCAAGGCGGACGCGCUGAGGGAAGCAGCGUUUGAGUUCCAAGACCUAGUGAGGCUGGAGCGCGAUCUGGGCAGCUACAUGGAUGACCCUGACGUGCCCACCGACCAGGCUCUGAAGAAGAUGUUCCAAGUGCUGGAGAAGGUGGAGCAGAGCAUAUACGCGUUGCUGCGCACAAGAGACAUGGCGAUCUCACGCUACGCUGAGUUUGGAGUCCCCACCUACUGGAUCCUUGAUAACGGCCUCGUGGGCAAGAUCCGUCUAGCAUCAGUGCGGCUGGCCCGCUGCUACAUCACGAGGGUCACAUCAGAGCUGGACAAGCUAGGCAACGAGCCGGAGAGCGAGCCCAUCCGCGAGUUCCUGCUGCUGCAGGCCGUGCGAUUCGCCUUCCGCACACACCAGCCUCGAGUGUUGAGACGUCUCACAACCUGUGCUGUCUCUCCCCGCUACCGCCGUGUGCAGUUUGCAGGAGGGUUUGACGCAUACAGCAUGCGGGCAUUUGAUGAGCUCCGAGCUUUAGCCAACAUCGAGUAUCGAGAUGUCUCACAACCUGUGAUGUUUCCCCCCACUGCUGUUGCCUGUCAUUCCCGUGAUCUACCGCCGUGUGCAGUUUGCAGGAGGGUUUGA